AUGGUCAACUCCUGUCAGCUGACUCAAAAUGUUUGUCUCACCCAGGAGAUGGAGUUCCAGAAGGGUUCCUCUGAGCAGCGGACCUUCAUAUCUGCCAUCCUCAACAUGCUAUCACUCGGCCUCUCCACAGCAUCCCUGCUCAGCAGCGAGUGGUUUGUGGGCACACAGAAGGUGCCCAAGCCCCUGUGCGGGCAAAGUCUGGCAGCCAAGUGCUUUGACAUGCCGAUGUCCUUGGAUGGGGGCAUCACCAACACAUCAGCCAAGGAGGUGGUACAAUACACCUGGGAGACUGGGGAUGACCGCUUCUCCUUCCUUGCCUUCCGCAGUGGCAUGUGGCUAUCCUGUGAGGAAACCAUGGAAGAGCCAGCCGGCUGGUGGGAAGCCUCCACCCCACAGUUCCCAGAAGCGCCUUGUAAUGCUGACCCUUUGUGCGUUUCAGGGGAGAAGUGCCGACGUUUCCAUGAACUCACACCACCAGCCCAGAGAGGUGAGAAAGGACUACUGGAACUUGCCGCGUUGCAAGGCUCAUGUCACCCCGCUCUCCGAUCUGGAGGGGAGUGGUUAAUAGAGAAGGCUUCUCUCCUCCACCUCCCCUGGGGGCCCGUGGCAAAGGUCCUCUGGUUGUCACUGGGAGCCCAAACUGCCUAUAUCGGACUUCAAUUCAUCAGCUUCCUCCUGCUACUGACAGAUCUGCUGCUCACCAGUAACCCUGGCUGUGGGCUCAAGCUAAGCGCCUUUGCAGCCGUCUCCCUGGUCCUGUCAGGCCUUCUGGGGAUGGUGGCACAUAUGCUCUAUUCCCAAGUCUUCCAGGCAACCGCCAACUUAGGACCGGAGGACUGGAGACCACACUCUUGGAAUUACGGCUGGGCUUUCUACACGGCCUGGGUUUCCUUCACCUGCUGCAUGGCGUCAGCUGUCACCACCUUCAACACCUACACGAGGAUGGUGCUAGAGUUCAAGUGCAGGCACAGUAAGAGCUUUAACACCAACCCCAGUUGCCUGGCGCAGCACCACCGCUGUCUCCUCCCUUCGCUGACAUGCGCAUGUGCGGCCCCUGCGGGGGACCCUCUGACCAGUUGCCGUCGGUACCCCAGCCAUCCCAUCCGCUCGGUCUCCGAAGGUAUAGACCUCUACUCAGCACUACAGGACAAGGAGUUUCAACAGGGGAUAAGCCAGGAGCUACCGGAAGCGGCCGAGUCAUCCGUAGAAGAGCAGUGUUAGGAGUUAAGUGGGUUUGGGAAACAGGCUAAGCCCUACCAUAAGUGUCGUUCGCUAUCAACAUCUGCCUAAGCAAA